AGGAGCAGUAUUCUUCUUGUUGCUAGUUUUGUGCGGUUCCUUCCCAUUGUUUUGUUUGCAUUUGUCUUCUUCUCACUCGUCACUCUCACUCUCAUCAAUUACCAAUGGCUUCCUCAACUUCCCUUUCUCUCACUUCUUCCUCUCACCUUCACAUACCCACAUUCUCUUCUUCCCCUUCACGUCUCAAUCCUCUUCCCUCAUUUCCCUUCCAUUCCCGAAUCACCCACAAACCCCUUCACCUUCAAACCCCUCUUCUCCUUUACCCCAAGAUUCGUUCUUUGCGUCAAGAAAUCAGAGCUACACCAGUUAACAAAGAUCUGUGGGAAAAAUCGAUUCUGAAAAGUGAAACUCCAGUCCUUGUUGAGUUCUAUGCAAAUUGGUGUGGUCCAUGCAAGAUGGUACACCGAGUUAUUGACGAGAUUGCAACAGAGUAUGCUGGAAGACUCAAGUGCUUUGUACUAAACACAGACGCCGAUAUGCAAAUUGCUGAAGAAUAUGGAAUUAAGGCAGUACCGGUGGUUGUAUUGUUUAAAAAUGGCAAAAAAUGUGAUGCUGUAGUUGGUACCAUGCCAAAGGAAUUUUAUGUGACUGCAAUUGAGAGGAUGCUCAAGUCUUAAACAUGGAUCCGUGUGGACAAAAUCUCAGUAAAGGGAUAAACUUUUGCGAUUACAAGUCAUGUUGAAUUUUAGCUAAAUUUUUAGGUUAUUUUGUCAGGCUGCUCAACAUUACUGAGUUCUUCAUGUAUAUACUUGGUGUAUUUUUAUUUUUUUUCACACAAUAGGUGCGAUCUUGAGAGUCUACUUUAGUGAUGAAUAUCCCGCCCAGUUUAACUGUUCUUCUUUGAAAAGUAUUGUUUAGAUACAUUUUGAAUUUGUUUGCUUCUUUGGUACCUGAUUUGAACAGCAUCUGUUGUUCUGAAAGUACAAUUUGAUUACCAUGUUCUUCUUAUAUCCCUUAUUCAACCAUGUUUCCCUUGUUUAUUGA